GACACGCAUGACCUCUGACCCCCGGAGGAAGACAUGAGCAGGAAGUUGAGGAGUGCGGUGUGGAACUAUCGCCGCCUGAUCCUCGUCCUCCUCACGCCGCCGCUGCUGCUUCCUCUUCCUCUCCUGGUCGCCGCCAAGGAGGCCCAAUGCGCCUUCGUGCUUCUGCUGAUGACCAUCUUCUGGAUGACUGAGUGCGUCCCCCUAGCCGUCACCGCCAUGUUGCCCGCCAUCUUCUUCCCCGUCUUCGGCAUCAUGGAGUCCUCCGCCGUGGCGAUGGCCUACUUCAGGGACUUCCACUUCCUGUUGGUGGGCGUCAUCUGCCUGGCCACGUCCAUCGAGAAGUGGGGUCUCCACAGGAGGAUCGCCCUGAGGCUGGUCACGGCUGUGGGGGUCAACCCGGCCUGGUUGAUGCUGGGCUUCAUGUGCGGCUGCGGCUUCCUUUCCAUGUGGGUCCAUAACACCUCCGCCGUUACCAUGGUGAUGCCCGUCGUGGAAGCCGUCCUGCAGCAGAUCCUGAGGGUCGGCGAGGGCGCGGGCGUGGAUGACGACGGCGGUCUGCGACUUGAGGAGGUCCGCGUUGAGCAGGUGAAAGGAGGUGUGAGGUGUGUGAAAAAAAAUUUUCCUGAUGACCACCAGGUGGCAGCACCCGCCAAGAGGAGUGCACGUGACAGCAUGAUUUGCAAGGCCAUGUGCAUCGGCGUGGCCUACGCCUCCAACAUCGGCGGCAUCGCCACCCUGCCGGGAACGUCGCCCAACCUCAUCUUCUCCGAGUAUCUUCAUCAGACUUACCCAGAAUGCAACUGCAUCCACUUCGGGAACUGGCUGCUGCUGUGUCUGCCCGUCAGCCUGCUCAUGAUGCUGCUCACGUGGGCGUGGCUCUGCUGGCUGUUCAUUGGCUCCGACGUGCGGUCGCUAUGGCGACGCGGAGGCGAGCGCUCAGAGAGAGAAAAGGCGACGAGUAAAGUCAUCGAAGACGAGUACCGAGCACUCGGACCUAUGAGCUACCAGGAGGCGUUCACUGUGGUGGUCUUUGUGCUGAUGGUCCUGCUGUGGUUGACCAGAUCCCCAGGCUUCAUUCCAGGCUGGUCUUCUUUCUUCUCUCAUCAUGCCGACUACGUCACCGACGCCACCGUGGCGCUUCUCCUGGGACUCGUCUUCUUCCUGGUGCCGGCCUACGGACCCUCGCGCAGCUACGAGACCAUGAUCUCCUGGGAGGACUUCCAGACCUCUAUGCCUUGGAAAGUGGCCCUGCUGGUGGGAGGAGGCUUCGCUCUGGCUGAGGGUACGAAGGAGUCAGGAUUGUCUCGAUGGGUCGCCGAGCUGCUCUCGCCGCUGGGCAGCCUCCCCGUGUUGGCAACCGUCGCCGUGGCUUGCAUCAUCGUCACCACAGUAACGGAGCUGGCCAGCAAUGCCACCACUAUCACCAUCUUCCUCCCCAUCCUCUCGCCUCUGGCUGAAGCGAUCCAGGUCAACCCUCUGUACGUUCUCAUCCCGGCCACGCUGUGCACGUCUUUCUCCUUCCUGCUGCCGGUGUCCAAUCCGCCCAACGCCGUGGUCUUCGCCUACGGACACCUGGACGUGAUGGACAUGGUGAAGGCGGGGCUCGGCACCAACGUGAUCGGCCUACUGGCCGUCCUAUUGGCUGUGACCACGUGGGGCGUUCCUCUCUUCUCCCUGGACACCUACCCCGACUGGGCGCCGCCUCGCAACGCCACGACACCGUGAGGGGCGCUCACACACACCACCUGCACGCCACCACGGGUGUCCUGAUUUU